AAAGUCGUCCUUCUUGACGUCAUCUUCCUUCUUGAAGUCGUCGUUCCAGCGUAUGGAUCCAAGCGUAUGGAACCGCAAGAGCUUGCUUGCAAAAUCGUAUAUAGGCGAGCAUCUGUUGGAUUUGUAAGCAUGGAUCGCUCCGUUACAUCUCGGUGGCGUAAGAAUGAAACUUGAGCGCUCGGGAUCGUUCGUAUGCUCAAGUAAGAAGGCCAUCUAUUUACAGGGAGGGUCUCAGACCCAUCUCUCGGUCUCUCGGGCUGGGUGACGUGAGCGAGGCUCGUAAAACUAGCGGCCUUUCGAACUCCGGAUUGACAGCGACAGCAUGGAGAGAAGUCAUGGGAUGUCAACUGUGGCCCUGUUUCUCAGUGCCCUGUGUAUCGUCUCGUCGGGAUGCUGCAGCCCUGUGAACGCCAUGAAGAUGAAGAAAGUCAACUUCACGUACUACUUGCACGACGAUUUCGUGCCGCCAGACGUCACCGCUGUAGCAGUGGCCGGCGCCAACGCCAGUGUCACGGGCCCAUCUGCACUCGGCGAUGUCACCGUCUUCGACAGCAUUCUGAGGGAGACAGCUUCCAAUGCUUCAGCUCAGAUCGGGCACCACUCGGGCUUACUAGUAUCGCUCAGUGAUCCACGAGAGAAGUUCAUUACCUUCGUGACUUCGAUCACCAUCCCCGGCUACUCUGGAACCUUGUCAGGCUCCUGCAGGAUCAACUUCACCGCCCCAUCUUGGGAGGAGGCAAUCAACUCUGGCACGGGCUCCUUCGAAGGAGCAAGAGGCCACUUGACAGUCAGCGCCGUCUCUCUCACUCCAACUUUCCCCGUUCUCAAGUACAAAGCAUAUCUGAUACUUCCUCAUCACUAGAGCUCAUCUCAUCAUUUGCAAGGCAUUCGAACGGAGCAACGCUGCGGACAUAUCGUUGCUACGACUUCAUCGUACAUACAUCAUGAACAUAAAUAGACUGUACACCAAGGUAUGGAUUUUAUUUGUUGGGUCAGAAAGUAUUGUGAGAGGAGGGGAUGAUGGUUUUUUGAAAUAAUGAAAAAGAAAGCAAUAUGAAGAUGUUUGCGGAGGGUUCUACUUACAUACCCGGAUCUGGGAUUUGAUUUUUCUUGAAUAACCAAAGGCAGCUAAAGUCAAAGCGAAAGAUGUUGUUCAAGCCAUAUGUUUCAAGAGAUCCAAGACCAAGUGUGCAAUUACGAGGAUCUAGAGCAGAAAGUAGAAUGGUCAAAUAUUACUACAUGUGAUAGUAUCGGUGAGUUUCCAUUCCAGUUUCCAUGAGUUUCCUUCUGCAAGUCACCCGUAAUUAAUUUUGUUUCAAGAGCCUCGAGAUAUAGUGAGUUCUUCUGAUAACUGAAUAAAGCUUCACGUACAGAGCAGAUGUUUUUGUAAUAAAACAAUACCAAUUUGACACCUC